CCAGGCGCCGAUGCGGAUAUCCGGGAUCCUCUUUCCGACGCGAGCAUUUGCACUUUUGGCACUUCUUUGUACGUCCGUCCGGGGAGCAGUCGUCCGGGCGUUGGUGCCGACAGACAAUACAGCCAGAGGCGUGUGAGUGCGGUGCAGUGCGGGGAUGUCGUGCAGCGGGGAAGCCGUGUUCCGGGCCGUGGAGACGCCGCUGUUCUGGCUCGGUGCCCUGACCGCGGCCUGGCUGUCCGUGUGCUCCGUGUACAGGCUGCUGUCCGGGGUCAGGGUGUGGAUGCUGGGCAACGGACGACUCGUGUCACCGACCAAGCUGGGAAAAUGGGCAGUUGUGACAGGAGCCACAGACGGGAUUGGAAAGGCCUAUGCAGAGGAGCUUGCCCGCAGAGGCUUUGCAAUCGUGCUGAUCAGCCGCUCUCAGGAGAAGCUGGAUGACGUAUCCAAAGCGAUUGGAAGCAAAUGUGGUGUGGAGACCAAAACGAUCGCAGCCGACUUUAGUGCUGUAGAUAUCUACUCCAAGAUUGAAGACGGACUGGCGGGGCUGGAGAUUGGAGUAUUGGUGAACAACGUUGGAAUAUCCUACUCUUACCCUGAGUUCUUCCUCAAUGUCCCCAAUCUCGACAAAUUCAUCGACACAAUGAUCAACAUUAACAUAGUAUCGGUGUGCCAGAUGACGCGUCUUGUUUUGCCUCGAAUGGUGGAGAGGAAGAAAGGGGCCAUCCUCAACAUCUCGUCUGCCAGCGGGAUGUACCCUGUUCCUCUUCUUACCGUCUACUCUGCCUCCAAGGCAUUUGUGGACUAUUUUUCACGAGGACUGCAAGCUGAAUACAAGAGCAAAGGCAUCAUCAUCCAGAGUGUUCUGCCAUUUUUUGUUGCGACCAAGCUGAGUAAAAUCCGACGGCCUACGCUGGACAAACCCAGUCCAGAGUGCUAUGUUGCCGCCGAGCUCAACACUGUGGGGCUACAGACCCAGACCAACGGCUACCUGCUCCAUGCCAUCAUGGGCUGGGUGACUACAGCUCUGCUCCCUGCCAAGAUCCUCAACAGCUACAUGAUGGGGAUGGGCCUGUCCCAGCGCGCUCGUUACCUCAAGAAACAGAAGCAGGGAUAGAUGGAUUGGCAGCGGCUGGGAGCGGCAGCAACAGACAGAGGGGACCAGGGUCUAAUGACUCGUCCGACUACCACCAUCAUCAUCAGCAUCAUCCUCAUCAUCAUGGACCAAGAAGAAAAACUGACAGUCUCUGAGCAACAUCUCAGUUUCCCUCUCCCUGAUACUCCCAGUCGUAGAUGAUGUGAAGCAGUGUCUGGCCACAGUUGCCGUUAGUGUGUACUCAAUCCAAACAACUGUGUGAAAAAUAUUGAACAAAGCGGUGCUCAUUUGUUGAGCGAUCAGCUUUAAUGAACUAACAAGGAAACUAAAACCACCUCUCGGAGCUAAUCAUCUGUCUGCAACACAUGAUCGGAAAGAGGGCCUACGGGAGAGGGCAGGGAUGUAGAAAAUCCGGAUGUGUCUGAGGUCGGAGGCCUCUGUACGUUUCUGUGGAUGUUUGAGCCUCCUGUGAGGAUGUGGACUUUAAAAGUCUGAUGUGAGUUUUUUUGUGACAUUGAUAGCUUCCGUAGUUCUUCGUUCUUAUUUUUCUCAUUUAAUUUCAGAAAUUUCAAACCACACAUUUACGUAUUUGAGUACCAACAACAACAAAAAAA